AUGCGUCCAUUAGUUGAGCGUUUUCUAAGGGGGGACAACAGUGUCCUAUCGCAGAUCCUUAUGCGGGUUGAAUCUCAGGGCGAUCCAACAUUCGGAGAUAGCAGCGAACGGCUCUACAACCGGCUUAUAGAAAUGCUUGUUCAUGAGGGUCGACGGGCAUCAGGAUCCGCACGCGGAAGCCCCAGUAACAAAGAAAAUUGUUUUGUAGCCAUACGCGUAUUCAAUAUUAUCUUCGAGCGGGCUGGAGUUGACGCUCCGGUUCUGCGUCGAUGUCUUACGGAGUCCGGAUCAAACAACGCUCGUAUGAUGAAUUUAGAUCACUACUUCUCUCAACAGGGGCACAUGAAUAUGCAUGUAGCUCGCUUUGCAUUGACUUUGACCAAGAUUUAUCGCAUUUCUGUUGAGACCCUUUUGACAGCCGCGCCAAACAUUGUCCACGUGGAGAGGCUUGCAGGAAGUAGGGAAAACUCCAAUGCACAAUCAUCAGCGAGCAGCCACGACGAUAACGUUUCCCCAAUGCGCGGCACGUUCAGUGCUGCACGGAGUAAUUUAAGGGGGGAGGGACGUUCGGUUUCCAACCCUCGUGCUGGUCGCGGUGCAGACGGCGCUCGUGUGGAGUUGUUUCAAGCGGUAGGCAACAGUAACAGACAUUGGCGAGAACUACCUGAUGCACCAUCUUUUGUUCCUUUCAGUGUGAACCCACUGUACAGCGAAAAUGUAGGUGCCUCAAACCACACGUGGAUGCCGCCCCAGUUUCCAACUCCAGUAUUGCUAUUCUCACGGCACUUCGGGGCGGGUUGUGAAGCCAAACUUCCAAUAAUGGGCGCCAUUACAGCUCAACAAACCGGAGAGCAGUUAGAUGCGGAGGAUGCGAUAGCAUCACCCACUCCGGAAAGGGUGGGCGACGGUGGUGAAGCAGUGGAAGAAGUAGUUGCAGGUGAGAAACCACCGGACCUGCUGUUGUCACGCUACCUGGCGAAAGGUGCAGUGCUUACGUGGGGUAACAUUGCCUCCGUCAAAACAGGAAAGAAGUUACAACUAGCAAGCCCAUCGGAUGGCGAAAGCCCCCCACAAGGCUCGUACACGUUGUCACCCACAAGGUUGGCCAUUCCGGUUCCUGUGGUUUCUUUCAGCUGCGGCGCGUAUUCAUGUUAUUUUGUGACAAUGGAGAGAAAAAUUCUAAGCUGUGGCAAUGACGAUUGGGGUCAGUUAGGAGCUGGGAAGUCGAAGGACUCUCAGCCCCCUGGUGCAGUCAAGGGUAGCGAAGGGAAGUACCGACUCUACCGUGUGCCGCUCCGCAGUGGUGAUCAAAUAUGUAAGUUAGCGGCUGGUUCUGCCUUCGCUGUCGCCAUUGGUUUACGGAGUAGGCGCAUGUAUCUCUGGGGUCAAAAUUCAUUCGGACAGUGCCUUGUUCACGAAGGUAUGACUGUGCGAACACCCGUACUAGUGGACAUCCCAGGACAAUACACAGAGGUUGUGGAUGUGGCUUGCGGGGGCUUCUACGCCGCACUAUCUUUUACAUGCGGCAGCGUAGGAACAUGGGGGCUCUCCACAAUGCUGGCAACAAAUGUUUCACCAGAUCAGCUUCGAGAUGCAGAUGCACCGAACAACCAGAAGUGCGCUAAAACAAUUAAUUUGUUCAAACCACUAAACGAGAAGGUCGUUGCGCUUCGGGCGGGGCCGUGUCAUUGUCUUGCGAUAACGUCAAGUGGGGCCGUAUAUUCAUGGGGUGUAGAGCGUAAUGGGCGACUUGGGCACGGUAGUGGAAAAAAUGAGGAGAAAAUGCGCCUCAUUGACGCUCUAAGUAAUCAAGUGGUUACGGAUGCCAGCUGCGGCUCGUUUCACACAGCGGUUUUGACGAAGCAGGGACAAAUUUUUGUCUUCGGUGAAAAUACAUAUGGUCAGUUGGGUCUCCCGACACGGCAACCACGUUUGCUACCGGAGAUACUUCCGCUGCCCAAAAGGGCAAUAUCCGUUUCGUGUGGACGUGAGCACACUUGCAUAUUGUUAGAGGACGGCGACGUCAUGGCAUGUGGGAGCCUUCGAUGCUCAGGUGUUGGCGUAGGUUUUGGUUCUCGCUUCGUGGCUCCGCGCCGAGCUGUACAAAACUAUCUCAUCCUAACUUUAGCUAGUGGUGAUCUGCACGUGCUUGCAGCCGGGCUCCUACGCACUAUGGCACUAACCGUAGUUCAAACUCCGCCGGAGUCACCAAUACUUGACGACCUACCGAAAGUCAAUGAAGUAGCUAGACGUCACGGUUUGCGCGGGGUUAGCGCCGGAAAUGGGUUUACAAUAAUUUUAGCGGAAACAGGUGAAGCCUUUUCUAUUGGUCAGGGAGAAAAUGGUCAGUUAGGGAUGGGUGAUACUUCGCUUUCACAAAAAACGGCACUUCGUAAAGUAGUUGUACCCGACUUUGAAGAGUUGUGUGCCGUGGAGUGUGGGUUUAACUUUGCCAUUGCUAUUGGCUCCUCCGGUGCCCUGUAUAGUUGGGGCUGGAAUACACAUGGACAGCUCGGCCACGGUGUGGCCGUCAACUUAGGGGAAGCGGUCUUUACUCCUAAGGAGAUUUCAGCGUUGAAGUCGCUUGCGCAAGUCGUUCAGGUUGCGUGUGGUGGUACUUUCGUAAUUGCUCUUACUCAAUGCGGGGAGGUGUAUUCAUGGGGAGAAACUCUGUACUGUGGUCAUGGAACUGGAGGUGAGAGAUGCCUAACAAACCCCAAGCGAAUUGCGGCACUACAGGACAUUGCGGCGGUUGCGGCAGGUGAUAGGCAUGCUGCUGCUGUUUCCUAUGACCAUGUCAUUUACGCGUGGGGUCGGGGUCCUGUUGGUGAUGGUGGAUCUCCAUCCACUGUGGUGCCGGUUCCCGUAGCAGUGAAGUUUGCACACCCAGUGCGUCAACUUGUAUGCUGCCAGGUGAAUACGUUUAUAAUUACGGACGUUGGUGAUCUUUAUGUGUGGGGACUGAACAACAACGGACAAUGUGGGGCGCUACAGUCGAUGAUUAACAGUGAUCAUUCAACUUCUACUCUUCGUCAAAAAGGGGAUGAGGAUGGUGGGAUGAAAUCGGAUCAGCAACCCCUACUGUUUCCCACCUUUGUUGCGUCCGGGGUGCGUGAAGCCGCAUUCACCAAAAUGUGCGGAGUUUACGUUAAGGAGGACGGCAGCAGUUACGUUUGUGGUCGCGUGCGUCAAAAUGGAAGGGAUGUAACUCUCAAGUCCUUCACACAGCAGUGGGUCGGUCGCCCUCCCAGUGAGCGUGAUGGUGAAACUGGGGCUGCCUCUCCCAGCAGUUACUUCGUCCGUUGCUUCCAUGGAUACGACAGUAUAUUCCAACUAGUAGAGCGAAAGCGACAAACUCCUGCUUCGUUGAAAACCACUAGACAAAACUUGUCGGCGUUUGUUCGCGGCUCAAAGGAAAAAGCCUUUUACCAGCGCAACAACCAGAAUAGAGAGAAGUAG